AUGGCUGAAACCAUCAAGGUCGUGCCUCUUACGUGUCAUGGACACUCGAGACCAGUCACACACCUCAGCUUCUCGUCAGUGGGCGAUGAUGAUCAAUACUACCUUAUUUCAGCAUGCAAGGACAAUAAUCCAAUGCUACGCGAUGGUGUCACUGGCGACUGGAUUGGGACUUUCAUAGGCCACAAAGGCGCUGUCUGGCAGGCUCGGCUCUCCUCAGACGCGACUCUCGCCGCAACAGCAGCGGCGGACUUCUCCGCCAAAGUUUGGGAUACGCACUCGGGUGUGGCUCUCCACACAUUACAACAUGCACACAUCGUCCGCGCCGUCGCCUUCCCUAACCAGCCUUCCCCACAAAUACUUGCGACUGGCGGGGCAGAAAAGAAGCUACGGAUCUUUGAUCUUUCCCGGUCUUCGGGCUCUCCUUCACCCACCGGCUCCGCUCCUUCCACCACAGACACCUCGUCCGCUGCACCCAGCUACGAGAUCGGAGCGGGUGUCCACCAAGGGACCAUCAAGUCCAUUGUUUGGGCUUCGGAUCUGAACGUCCUGAUUACUGCAAGCGACGACAAAUCCAUCCGCUGGUGGGAUCUUCGCGCUCGCUCACCGAUAACUACAUACACGCUCGAUGGGCUGCCUGGCUCUUGUGAGUUAGACCCGGUGUUUGCGGGCUCUCCUACCCUUGGAAGUGCCGGUAGCAGCACUUUGUCCGUAGCGGCCGGCAAAACCGCGUAUUUCUUUGACAGCUCUCGGCCGGGCGAGUUGAUCAAAUCUAUCAAAACACCCUACGAGCUUGUGUCCACCGCACUCCACUCGUCACAGCGCAAGUUCAUCACAGGCAGCACUUCGGAUACGUGGGUCAGAGUAUGGGAUUUCGAUACCGAGGAGGUGGUAGAAACGGGCAAGGGCCACCACGGCCCGGUGUGGAGUGUGGCAUUUAGUCCAGAUGGGAAGCUGUAUGCGACAGGCAGCGAAGACGGAACCAUCAAGCUGUGGAAGUUUACGGCAGGAGGAUACGGGCUUUGGCGGUAG